AUGAGCGCUCAGAAGAUUGGCAUAGUGGGCAGCGGGCUCAUCGGACGUGCCUGGGCAAUGUUAUUUGCCGCUGCCGGUUAUCGCGUGCAGCUUUAUGAUAUAUUGGAGGCGCAAGUGACGACAGCGCUGGCGGAACUGCAGCAGGAGCUGCACAGCUUGGAGUGCAAGGGCAGGCUGCGUGGCAAUUUGACGGCGCAGGCGCAAUUCGCAUUGAUUAGCGGCUGCACGAGCUUGCAGCAGUUGGUGCAACAGGCGCAGCAUAUACAGGAAUGCGUACCGGAGCAGCUGGAGCUGAAGCGACAGCUCUAUGCGCAGCUGGCUGAGCUGCUGGAACCGCAGACGGUGCUGGCCAGCUCAACGAGCACGUUUAUGCCGUCGCGCUUUACGGCGGAGCUGAAGUGCAAGGAGCAGAUGCUGGUGGCACAUCCGCUCAAUCCGCCGUACUAUAUACCGCUGGUGGAGCUGGUGCCGGCGCCCUGGACGAGGCCAGAGCUAGUGGAGCGCACGCGUCAGCUGAUGCUGUCGCUGGGCCAGCGUCCGGUUGUGCUGCAGCGUGAGAUUGAGGGCUUUGUUAGCAAUCGCAUACAGUACGCCAUACUCAAUGAGGUGUGGCGUCUGGUGGGCAGCGGCAUUGUUAGCGUCGCGGAUGCGGAUCGUGUGCUGAGCGAGGGUCUGGGCAUGCGCUAUGCGCUGCUUGGUGCACUGGAGACGGCGCAUCUGAAUGCGCCUGGAGGCGUGGCCGAUUAUUUUCAGCGCUUUGGCAGCGAAAUCUCAGCAGUGAGCGCCAGCUAUGGCCCAACGCCGAAUACGUGCGAGGAGCUGGACACGCUGGCGGAUAUUGCGCGUCAAUGCGAGCAGCUAACGCCGCUGGCCGAGCUCGAGCAGCGGCGUGCGGCACGUGAUGAGUUUCUCACACGUCUGGCGGCGCUAAAGCGGCAGCAGCAGCAGCAGCAAUCGCCAACAAAUUGAUUUUUGCUAAAAUGUAUUUUCGUCUGCUUUCCAUUUGUGUUGAUUAAAACUA